GAGAGUUUAAGUUAUAUAUAUAUAUAUAUAUAUAUUGAGAUAAUAAUGAAGUCCUAUAGUUUUAUUUUAUUCAAGCUUCUCGUACUACUGGGACAUCUGUCACUUGCUACUGCUUGUGCCUGUUACGACUUCUUCUACUUUGUACAAACGUGGCCGGGUUCAUUUCCAUUUCAAAAGAAUGAGGCCGAAGAAAACUUUGGGAUUCAUGGUCUUUGGCCUAUGCGCAACGAUGGCUCCUACCCCUCUGAUUGUUGUAAUGACGAGUUAGAUAUGACAACUAUACAAGAACUGAAGGAGAAAUUGGACAAGGAGUGGCCAGCACUAAGCAGUCUUACAAACGAGGCUUUCUGGAAUCACGAGUGGAAGAAACAUGGAACUUGCUCAAAGAAAGAACUUGGCCGAUUUAAAUAUUUUGAUACAUGUCUUAGGCUAAAAGACCAAACCAAUAUUCUCAAAAAACUUGAAUUAAAAAAUAUUAUAGCUAAUGGGAGUGAAUACAAAAAAAAUGACAUUGAAAAAGCUCUACGGCAGGGUGACGCGAUUCCACAACUGAAAUGCAAUAAUGCUGCUGGUUAUGUUCAACUUGAAGAGGUUAUGUUCUGUGUGAGCAAGAAAAAACGAAAGCUCAUUCACUGUCCAAUCAAAAUAGAGGAGACCAACAUAACUGGCGAGAUUAAGAUUCCAUGCACAAAAGAUAUUAAGUUCCCACCUUAUACACAGAAGAAACCUCCUAAUAAUGAGAAUAUUAUUAUAAGUAUCAUAUUAAGUGGUAAAGUAUAUGUUGUGUUAGCUGUGCUUAUGUUUUACAUUAUUAUUCGUCUCUAUAGGACUCCCAGAACCCAAGACUCUCGAUCAAAUAAAAAAAUUAAUUAAAAUUAUUA